AAAAAUAUGGAAAAAUGGAAAUGUGAAGUUGAAACAGUUUUUUUUAAAUUCAAAGUAGGCUGAAAAUUGCAAAACUGUUGACUCAAAACACAUUGAAUCAAUUGACUUUGUGUAGUCACAUUUCAUCAGUACAGUACUCACGGUUAGAUAGUUCGGAUCUUACCUUUAUUCUCAAUGGAUAUAAAGAGGAAAUAAUAGUGUGCUUCUGGAUAUCACCUGACAGCAUCGAAAGAGACUCAACUGAAGAGAAACAGGAAAACAAGCUCGACAAUUUUAGCUUCAUCCGCAAAAACAGAUUCAUUAUCGCCAAAUUAGAUGACAAAACUGUUCGGUUUCCACUCGACAACUGCCCCCAUCCUGUCGCAUAAUAUAAUAGUGCACGUGAAUCUGCAUCGUGUGGGAAGUCACUUGCCUCUCUAAAAUAACAAACAGGAUCGGAAGCAUUAGCGCUGCCGUAAAUAACUAACACACUCCAAUUAAGGGGACCAAGGAGAACGAGAGCCAGACCAGGUUUUGCAUAGUGCCAGCCGCCAGCCAGCACGAAGCAUCUGUGAUGAACGUCAAACUCACUCGAGCGCCCGCCAUGCUUAAGUGCUGCUUGUUCGCUCUGGUAAUCGUAUCAAUCAGUGCAGAAGAAAAAUGGUCCUGGUCGAAAGGCAACAACGGCAAUGAUAACAACGCCCUCUACAAUGAUGCUGACCGAACAAACGUCCGGAGCGAUGUGAUUGAGUUCCAGGAACCGAAGCGAUUCGAUCCGAACGAAAAAAAAUAUUACCAACAGCAAGGUGUGAGGCAGGGACGCUACGAGGUGAAAGAAACCACAACACGUCGCCCAACAUUCGGAAAGCCAGUGAAUGAUGAAUUUUCUGGAGAAGUUGGUGGUCAACAAAAUGAUUACGGUUUGAAUCAGCGCUUUGGAGGUGCAGGAAAUGGACUAUACCCCAAUAAUCCAUAUGGGUUCAAUCCUGGAUUUGGAGCCGGAAGCCCACAAUUUGGAGCUGGGGCACCUGGGUAUACUCAGCAAGGAUUCGGAGGAAGCUACGGAGCCGCUAAUGGAGUUUUGGUAGGCCCCGGAGGACCAACCGGUAUAAUUGGCCGUCCAUAUAAGGGAUUCAACAAUGGAUAUCCUGGAGCAAGUUAUGGACCAUUUGGUAACAACUAUGGUGGUUUUGGAAACCAAGGUCUUCCAGGUGGAUUAAAUCCUUACGGAGGAAUUGGUGGAGGAUAUCCUAAUAGUGCAUACCCAGGUGCUGGAUACCCAGGUGGUGCAUAUCCUGGAAACGGAUACUAUGGGACUCAGAAUCAUUUCGGUCCUGGACAGUUUGGACCAGCACAGUUUGGUCCAGGACAAUUCGGACCUGCACCAUUCGGACCUUCGCAAUUUGGACCUGGUUCAAUCGGUGGACUGUUUGGCGGUGGUCCAUUCGGACGACAAUCUGAUCAGUCAAAGCAAAAUACGAAUAAAAUAGAAAAAAGAGCUGUGUGAUUCACAACAGCCUUCAUGUUUUGUAUGCAAUACGUUUACUGUUGAGAUGAGUAUUUAUUAAACCAUUUGUUGAAUUCGAC